AUGUUUUCCCCGACUAUAAUCUUCUCAAGCAAAGAGUACAUUGGGAUAGCAAAUAUCGAGCAUCCAGAGGUGUCCGGAGUAAGCAGAAACAAUGCUCCACACUUCAUAUAUAGAGCGCCGCCCAAUUUUGACGACCGAUGGGACGAUCCAGAGGAUGACCUGGAAGAUGCCAGUCUUGAUCCCGAGGAUGAGGUAGUAUUCAAUAUGCACAUCCGGGUUCCAAUGCGGUGCCGUUCUGGCUUUAUUAUCCACGCCUCAUGCUAUUCCCUUCUCGAACAGUUCUUUAGCCCGGGCGAAGUUCCCAUAGCACGCCUGAUGGACUUAUUCUGGUCCUGUCCCAUUCUGGGGUGUGGUAUGAGCACCCUUGAUUGGGGCCAUGAAUAUGGUGGAGCCUGCAGGGUCAAGGAGCACUAUCCGUGGGAGCAAAGGGUUGUAAAGGUGGAAGGCUCGAGGAUAUUCUACAAACCUGACAUUUCCGAACCAUUCUUCCUCCGAGAUCCGUGGGAGGCGCUGAAGGACGACAAACGCGUAAAAGCACUCGUACGGAGAGCACGACUCAACGAUAAGCGAAAGAAACGAAGGAUGGUUGAACGAAGCACAGCUCCAAUAAGUGGCUAUGCUGAGCCUAAUUGCCUAACCAGUCUCACCCUUGAACUCCUAGAGCUCAUAAUUGUUCAGCUACCCACAGUUGAUGCAUUGGCAUUGUCCCAGGCCUCGAAAGGAUUGGCCCGGAUUAUCCCUUCCAACCUGGGUCAGUCCUUUUGGAGGUCUCGAUUCCAGCCAGAUCUCGAGCUUGGUUAUGCGUUCGAAGCUAACAAGACUAACUGCUUGCUUGACUGGAAAUGGUUAUACUUCAAAUUCAGAGAUCUGACACGUUUCGAGCCAGGAUUGAAAAAUAGAAAGCGUAUCUGGAAACUUAUUCGGUCACCUAUAUCUGAACUGGCAGCUUUAGGUUGGAGUGGUGAUACCUCUCUGCGUCCUUUGAAUAUCGAAAAGAACCAGCUUAGAUGGACAGAGGGCCGCGGAGUCAUCCACCCCAUGGAAAGUGAAUGUCCAGAUUAUCCAGAUAUGAAGAGCCGGGAUUUCCAAGAUGGGUGCAAGGAAUUUUACACUCAACUAACUGCUAUCCCCGAUGAUAUUCACCAGAUUAUAGCCACCACUGUAGUGGCUGGCGAAGCUCCUUUUGUUAGCGGACUCCGUUUCAUCACCAAGGGAGGCCCUGAUAUAUGUCUGGGAUACACGAGAGGGGGGGAGAGGCAGUAUUUGGAUAUUGUUGGCGGGUCGGCGAAGUCGACGGGCCUAAAGGGUUUUGCUCUCUCAGUAGGACAGAAAGGAAUACAUGGGCUGAGAGCCAUAAGCCAGGAUGGCAGAUGCUCGGAAUCGGCUGGCCUGACUCACAAGCUACUCGAGCCACAAUAUCUCGUGGUGCCAAAGCGUAUCAUUAGCCUAGAGGCAGGCUUCGAUGGAUUCAAGAUGGUCCGACUUGCAAUUGCGGAAUACCAGCCAAACAGCUCACAGGGGAACCAGCCGCCACGGAAGAAACGCAAAACUGAACUGGUAUCAACCUAA